GUUGGCCCCCAAAAUUGCAAGCACGGCAAUCAAUGGCCAUGACUAAUUAAAUAAGGGUCGGCAUUAGAGGCGCUAUAGAUAAACCAAAUUCAAAUACGAGCAAGCGUAAAUUGUAGUACGGCCACUGAUUGAUACUGAUAAGGUUGACUAGUCAGUAGUAUUAAUUGUAUGAGUCAGCCAUAAACGUGUGCGGGUGAUCACUUAUAGCACGGAUUGCAGCACUGUAUGAUAACUGAUAACAAUUUGAAUAUCCUUAUCACUGACAGCAAAGACCCCAUAUAAAAUGCUUGGCAAUGCGCUGCAAGCCAAACAUUCAGACGCUUCAGUCAGACAAGUAACAUGGUCAAAGUAAAGCUACUAGUGCAAGUGCUCUUGUUAAGUGGGGUGGCGAUAGCGUUUGCUCAGCCGGAGCAGACGCAGUCGUCACAGUUGGAUACGCUGGAAUUCCAGCAACUGAUGCAGUUACGCCACUUGGCAGUUGAGUUCUUUGAUUAUCAUCAGGACUUUUCCCUGGUCAAUGCCUCCACAGCAGCAGAGACAAAGUGCCUGUCAGAGCUGGCACUGCUCGGCCAAGGACUCAAAGCGCGCAGCAUGUGGGCACUGCAAAUGAUUGACUCCUGGGGACAUCUGCCUUCGGGCAUACUUUAUGGCAGCAUACGGGGCUUGGGAAACUAUGAGGAGUGUAUCCGCAUCAACCACGAGAUGAGCGGCGGUGAAGAGUUGCUUGGAAAGUUUUGCUUCGCGUUCUUCGACACAAGCAAGUAUAUGGGCGCAGGGUUUGCUGAAUUUGGCAAUGCGGACUUGAGAACCGCUGUUUGUUUUCCAAAUGGCUGCUCGGGCACUUUCAUGGCUCAACUGCUGCGCGACGUGAUCCAAAAAGCGGCUAAUAUAACGAUCUCGCCUAGCUUUAUAACGAUCAACGAUGGCUAUUGCCACACAUCGGUGAAUCCACCACUUGAUGGCUUUGCUAUAUUCGUCAUUGUUUUUCUAUCCGUUCUGGCUGGCAUUGUGCUGCUUUGCACGCUCUGGGAUUACUUUCUGUGCGAGGAUCAGAAGAAACUUCCAAGGCUGGUUAAGAUCUGGUCACUGCGCGCUAAUUCACGCGAUUUGUUCCGUAUCGUAGACAGCAAAUCGAAUCCCAAUGUGAUUGACUGUCUGCAUGGCUUGCGCUGCAUGUCCCUCAUCUGGGUUAUCAUUGGCCACGCAUACAUUGUGUCUAUUAGAGGUCCAAAUAUCAAUCUGGUGGAUAUUCCAACAUGGAUUGAAUCUGCCUUCAGCAUGCUCAUUAAGCACGCCACCUUCGCCGUGGACACAUUUCUCUUCAUCAGUGGUUUGCUGGUGUCCAUGAUCAGCAUGCGUUUAAUUGUGAAAGCGAAAGGUAAACUUAACUUUCCCAUGAUGUACCUGCAUCGCUAUUUGCGUCUUACACCUGUGCUGGGCGUGGCUAUAAUGGUUUAUAUGAAGAUUCUACCUAUAAUUGGAAAUGGCCCAUUAUACGACGGCGUUAUACCCAGCGUAGUGCAGGACUGUCAGAAAUAUUGGUACUGGACAUUGGUCUAUAUGCAGAAUUAUGCUGUGACAGAUAUGUGUCUCCAACACACCUGGUAUCUGGCCGCUGACAUGCAGCUGUAUAUAAUCUCGCCCAUAUUCAUAUUUGGGCUCUACUUUUGGGGCAGGAAGGCGGUGGCAGCGAUUGUUACGUUCAUGCUGUUGCUAGUCGCCUGCUUUAUCACAACAAUGGUCAUCAACAAAUACACGCUCGUGCUCUUGCAGAACGGUCGACAAUUGUACCAGCCCACGCACUUGCAUGCCUCGCCUUGGAUUGUGGGACUGUUAUUUGGUUAUUAUCUGCACAGGACUGUCGGCAAGACAUAUAAUUUAUCAAAGCUUACUGUCUGGAUUGGCUGGAUUAUUUGCCUUGGAUUAAUAUUCACCUGCAUCUUUGCUCUGUAUCCUUAUUCGGCGUACAAUAUGAAUUUGCCGACCAUCAAUGAAGCGUUCUACAUUUCGCUUAACAGAAUUGCGUGGCCUCUGGCACUUUGCUGGGUGGUGUUUGCCUGUAAAUACGGUUAUGGCGGCAUGGCCAACAGCUUCCUCUCCUCGUACAUGUGGAUGCCCUUGUCGAAGCUUUCAUACAGCGCAUACAUUUGGCACAUGUUCAUGGAAUACUACAAUGCCAGUGUUAUACGCACAGAUCGCUUUUUCUGCAACUAUCAAGUGUUUGUUAGCUUUUGGGCUAUCUUUGGCUUUACGGUGCUGAUGUCCUAUCUCUUGUACAUGAUUGUUGAGGCGCCAUUUGGAGGCCUGCAGAUGUGGCUGUUGCCUUCGCGUCCUUCCAGCAUUGUUCCCAAGACUCCGGCUUCCAAUGAAGAUAUUUCCAAGCAGCCACUCGCAUCCACAUCCUCAUCCGCUCCUCAGCCGCCAUUGGAGCGUGUUUUAAGCAAGGAAGACGAGGCUGCAUCUUCUGCUCCUGUGUUGGACAGCAAGCUUUAGGCUUAGCAACUAUAGGAUCAAUCAACUAGUCAAAUUCGUUAAGUUUUUUUUUUUUUAAUUUACUUACAUAUGUAUUCGUCGAUCAUAGAUAUGACAAGGAUAGCAAUACUAGAAAAUAAUUUUUGGCAAGCACAGGGUGAACUGUGCUUACAGUAUACCCGAAAGUAUGCAAUCGAGAGUUGCCACUUGCUUAUGUACGAGAAUUAUCGAUAAUUAAAUGUAACGACCCGCCGAAAACAACUUGAGUUUAAAAUGUAUUAAAUAAAGUAAAC